GUUCCACAGAGGGAGGUCACCUGUCCUCCAGGGUCCACAGAGGGAGGUCACCUGUCCUCCAGGUGUCCACAGAGGGAGGUCACCUGUCCUCCAGGUGUCCACAGAGGGAGGUCACCUGUCCUCCAAGGUCCACAGAGGGAGGUCACCUGUCCUCCAGGUGUCCACAGAGGGAGGUCACCUGUCCUCCAGUGUCCCCAGAGGGAGGUCACCUGUCCUCCAGGUGAGGGGUCCGCAUGGACAAAGUGAGGAGGGUCCUGGUUCACGUCUGCAGAGGGCCAGCAGCUCCUCAGAGAGCUCCCUUUGUUCAGAGUGUGACGGGUCACUUCAGUGACGGAGGUGACGAUGAGGUGGAGGUGAGCUGCUCGCUGGAGAGGAGACAGUUCAUCCUUUACAGAGGAGCCGGAGGAGGAGGGGCACCUCUGAAGAGGCCCGCCUUCUGUCCCAUCAAACACCUGUCAAUCACGGAGGCAUCUGCGAUCCCGUUGGACGUUCAGCAGCGCGGGGUGGAUGUGGGCGUGGCCGUCAUCCUGCAGACGGCCAAUCAGAGAGUGCUGCUGACACGGCGGGCGAAGGAGCUCCGGAUAUUUCCCAACGUUUGGGUUCCUCCAGGCGGCCAUCUUGAGCCAGAUGAGACGCUGCUGGAAGCCGGCCUGAGGGAACUACAGGAGGAAACUGGGCUGAAGCUGGAACCAGAAGGAGCUCCUCCAAAGAUACUGGGAAUGUGGGAGUCGGUGUACCCGGCCAUGCUGUCCCGAGGACCUCCAGAGAGACAUCACAUCGUGGUCUACAUGCUGCUGCUGUCCUCCAUGUCUCACCUGCAGCUCCAGGUGUCUCUGAGCCCGUCUCCUGCUGAGGUCACUUCCUGUCUGUGGGCCGACAUCCAGCUGGUCAGAGCCAUCGUGUCCUCUGAGGAAGAAGAAGUUUCCCUGAGCGACCAGCAGGGCGGCGUCAGCGUGACCCAGGUCUCCUCUGAAGGAGCUCUGAGCGACGCCACUCUGCCUCUGGAGGUGUUGAUGAGCCGGGCGCCGGUCAGCGGCCCGGACGUGGAGCGGGUCAGCACCGGCACCAAGUUCGCCCUGGAGCUGUGGCUGAGGAGCCUGGAGACCCCCUGACCUCUGACCCCUGACACUGUCAAGUCAGACAUGAUUUUGAAAAAGGUGUUGCCCAUCUACACACUUUGUUUGUUUGUUCUACUUCCUGGUUUGUGAAAAGUCCACUUCCUGUACGUCCCUCUCCUGUCAAUCACUUUGACGGACAAAUAAAGACCUGAACUUUGUUUUCAAAGAGACUCAAA